AUGAGCGCUCGAGAAGAGACAGCGCCCGCCGCCGCGGCGGCCGCACCGCCCCACGUAGUCCUCGUCUGCUUCCCGAGCCAGGGCAACCUGAACCCUACGCUCCGCCUCGCCAAGCGCCUCGCGGCCAAGGGCCUCCUCGUCACCUGUUGCACAACCUCCAGCAUCGGCGCCUGCCUCGCGGCCGCCUCCUCAUCGGGGGUCGUGUCGACCGGCGGCGAUGGCGUGCGCGUGGGCAGCGGCCGCAUCCGGUUCGAGUUCCUGGACGACCACGGUAACGAGAAGGACGACCUCAUGCGGUACUUCGAGACGUCCGCGCCGGCAGCGUUCGUCGAGCUGCUCGGGCGCCAGGCCGAGGCGGGGCGGCCAGUGACGUACGUCGUCGGCAACCCGUUCCUUCCGUGGGUGGUCGACGUCGCGGCCGAGGCGGGCGUCCCCGCCGCGGUGCUGUGGGUGCAGUCGUGCGCGGUGCUCUCGCUCUACUACCACUACGCGCGCGGGCUGGUGGAGUUCCCGCCCGAGGAUGACAUCGACGCGCGGGUCGCGCUCCCGGGCCUCCCGCCGCUGUCCGUCGCCGAUGUGCCGUCGUUCCUGCUCCCGUCGAACCCGUACAAGAUGAUCGCCGACGCGAUACAGGGCCAGUUCCGCAACGUGGACAAGGCGGCGUGGGUGUUCGUCAACUCCUUCACGGAGCUCGAGCGCGACGUGCUCGCCGCGCUCCCGGGCGUCACGCCGCGCCCGCCGCAGCUGAUCCCCGUGGGCCCGCUCAUCGAGCUCGAGGAGGACGGCGCCGCGGUGCGGGGUGACCUGAUAAAGGCCGCGGACGACGACUGCGUGGGGUGGCUGGACGCGCAGCCGCCGCGCUCCGUCGUGUACGCGUCGGUGGGCAGCGUCGUGGUCCUGUCCGCCGAGGAAGUCGCCGAGAUGGCGCACGGGCUCGCGUCCACCGGCCGGCCCUUCCUGUGGGUGGUGCGGCCGGAUACCCGCCCGCUGCUCCCGGAGGGGUUCCUGGACACCGUCGCGGGAUGCGGCAUGGUCGUGCCGUGGAGCCCGCAGGAGCGCGUGCUGGAGCACGCUGCCACUGCGUGCUUCCUCACGCACUGCGGCUGGAACUCCACGCUAGAGACGGUGGCCGCCGGAGUGCCCGUGGUAGCAUUCCCUCAAUGGGGUGACCAGUGCACGGACGCCAAGUUCCUGGUGGACGAGCUCAGGAUGGGCGUCCGUCUGCGCGCGCCGCUGCGGCGGGAGGCCGUGCGCGAGGCCGUGGACGCCGCCGUGGCGGGGCCAGAGGCUGACGCCAUGCUGUCCAGAGCCAGGUCAUGGAGCGCGGUGGCCCGGGGGGCCGUGGCGCCCGGCGGGUCAUCAGACCGGCACGUCCAGGCGUUCGUCGACGAGGUUGUGCAGCGAGCGUGUGGAAGGCAACCAGACGAGGUUACGAUGAUGAGCGGGUAA